AUGGCUUUGACAAAUAAGAAAGAGACUUAUACGCCUUUAGUUCACAAAAUUGUCAAUUACCUAUCAGGUAUGUCGGACUGGCUAAACGAUGAUAAACUCUCCAGAUGCCAUCUACUGAAAUACAUAAGCGACCACAUCGACAGACCGCCCUCCGUAUUAGCAAAAGCAUCUUUGAUCUUCGGAUUCUCCGUCAUCCUCCUUAACCCUUCUGAUUCGUCCAGUAGCCUCACAAACGCUUUUGGACUCAUACCAGCCUCUUACAAGACAUUACAGUUUCUCCAGUACACCGAAAGCUCUUCGAACACUCCUGGAUUGAAGAAGAAAGAGAAUCUCGUGCGAGGAGAGAAGUCGAAGAAAUGGCUGGACUACUGGGUGAUCUACAGUACGACUUGUAUCGUCGAGAAAGCGGUAGGAGAAGAUACAGUAUUGAGUUUGAUUCCAUUGUGGUACGCGUUGAAGGCUGGAUGGAUCGUUUGGUUUUUGGUUGGUUUGCUGGAUGAUGAUGUGGGAAACGAGGCGAGACCGGAGCCUGUGCGACUAAGACCAAGAUCAAUCAUAGCUACCAAAGACUCCCCUUCCGCUUCCUCUAGCACUUCUUCCGAUGAUACGUCUGUUUCUGGUGGAUCACCUUAUCCACCUUCCACAGGUGUACCAGAUACACCGACCGAGACCGAGACUGGCUCCGAAGAAUCGAAUAUCUCCCCAGAUCCAGAGUCGGCAUCUUCAGAGUCGCCCACAGCCAUAUCACCCGGACAGGCAAGGGAAUUAAGAGCGGAGUUGGCAGAGCUCGAUUCUCCUCCUUUAUCUAGAACGCCAGACUUGCCGAAACGGGCUGAUAGAGCAGUCACUCCUGUCACUGGUAUCUCUUCGAACCCAAGUAGAUCUGACACCUCAGAUGAUACCGGGCUCUCUCCUCAAUCAAAGCGGGGGGAGCAGUCAGAUUCGGAAGAUAGUUCUUCCGGCUCGGAUGAGGCGAGUGGUUCAGAUGAUUCGGACAAUUCCGAUGACGUGGUCUUACCUGCUGGUACGCCCUUGGACGAGCUUGCUUUGGCUGGUAAGAAGACUCUCGAGCUUGACACGUCUGAUGAGGAGUAUCAAGACGGGAGACACAAAUAUCGCAGGAGAAGCGAGAAAAUUAUCGACGUAGAGGAGAAGGAAGAAGGCAAAGUGGCACCCGGAUCAUCGCAAGGUGACAAGCAUGAUAAAAUAUCCUGGGGUGAAGACCUCAAUCAAUGUAAAACCAAUGUUAAAUUGGCUAAAACAACUCCUGCUAACACGGUAGAUAUCGAAAAGACCAGUGACUUGACAAAAGACACCGAUUCCAACGAGACAAAGCUUGCGAUUACCGAUAUUCCUUCCGCUGCUCAUAAAGCGGCUUCUGACGUGAAGAGGUCCAAUGAAAACCCCAACUUGGAUGGAGAGGUAGUAAAGUUAAGUAUGGAAGAGCUACUUACCAUGAGUGAGGGCGACAAACCUCAUGAUGAGUACACGUAUCUGGUUGAUGGAGGUGAGAAGGACAAGAAGGAAGUGAUGAGGGGUACACCACCACUUGUAGUCAACCGAAAAGCUGUCAUAGGGAAAAGUGGCACAGUCGGGAAGGAGGAUUAG